AAUUUUAUAUUUAUUACAAACAACAUUUAAAAUGAUUUAUUUAUUUAAAAUUUUUCCACCAAAAGUAUAUUUUCUAAUUGUCCAAAAAUUGAUAAUAUAAAUUUCUAUUUUACACACACACAUACACGCUUUUAAAAAAUGAUAAUAACAACAAAAGUUUAUUUACAAAAUGGACAGGUGUAAAUAUACAUGACUACUGUCAUUGAGCCGGUUCAAUAAAUCAAUAACAAAAUAACAGAGAGACACAUAAAAUGUUGAUAUUUUCAUAGUGAUAAAAUUAUGUGACCCAAUUUUAAAUGUUGAAUAUAUUUUUGGGUACUCAAUAGAGCUCAAUUUGCAGUGAGUUGCAACAAAUCAUCAUCAUGUCAUCUGACAAGAUUUUGUAUAAAUUGGAUCAUCCACAUGGACCUGGAUCAGUAUUUUUAUGUUGGCGACCAGGUAACAGUACACAUUUAGCAACAACUGGCUGUGAUGGUGUUGUAUCAAUAUAUGAUCGUCAAGGUGAAAAUCAAGAUCGUAUACAAUUAUCUGGUAUAUGUACUGGUUUUGGUUGGGAUACUGAUGGUGAUGUACUAGCAAUAAUAACUCAUAAUUCAUCAAUAAUAACACUGUGGGAUGCAGCAACUGGUAAAAAAUCUCAGGUUGAUGCUGGUGUUAGAGAUGGUUUAACAUGUAUGACAUGGUCAAAAAAUUCAUGUCUACUUGCUGUUGGUACACAAAAAGGACAUCUAUCAAUUUACGAUCAUAUGAAUUCACGUAGAAUUCCAAUACUUGGUAAACAUAAAAAAAAAAUAACAUGUGGUGAAUGGUCAAAUGAAGGACUAUUGGCACUUGCUGGUGAUGAUAAAUUAUUAACAAUAAGCUCAUCUGAUGGUGAUACAUGUUGUGAAAUACCAUUACAAGGUGAUCCACAAGAUUUACAAUUUAGUGAAACUAAAAAAUCAAAUCGUAUUAAUGGUGAUAAUACAAUAUCAUUAAUUAUAAAUAAAACACGCUUGUAUUUGUAUAAUUUAAAAAAUCCAGAUAAUCCAAUUGACAUUGGUUUUCAAAAAUCAUAUGGACCAAUUGUAACAUAUAAAUGGUAUGGUGAUUGUUAUAUUAUUAUUGGUUUUGAAGCUGGUUAUUUAUUAUUAAUAUCAACUCAUAUUAAAGAAGCUGGACAAGAAUUAAUGCAAAUUAAAAAUCAUCGUGAUUCAUUAAAUGAUUUAUCAUUAAAUAAAAUACAUAAUAAAAUAGCAACAUGUGGUGAUAAUACAUUGAAAAUUCAUGAUAUUAAAAAUUUACAAGAUACUGAAAAAAUAAUAAGUGUUAUUGGUGAAGCUGGUGUUAGUAGUGUAACAUGGUCUGAUGAUGGUACAAUGCUUGCUGCUGUAACACACAGUGGUAAUAUUAAUAUUUAUUUAACUAAAAUACCAAAAUUAAUAAGUGUUUGUAAUAAUAAUAUAUGUAUAUUAUCAAGUUUAAAUGAAGCUAUUGUUUAUUUUUAUACAAAUGAUGAUGAUGAUAAUACAAAUAGUGUAAAUAGAGAUAAAGAUGAUGAUGAUGUUGAUGGAACAAGUACUAAAUUUGAAUCACGUAUUAUUAAUACAAUUAUUGAACCAUCAGUACUAGCUGUUGGACCAAUGCAUGUUGUUGUUGGAUUAAAUAAUCGUGCAUUAUAUUGGAAUAUAAAUAAUAUUAAUAAACAAUCAUCACCUAUUGAACGUGAUUAUUUAUCAACAAUUGAUUCAAUUAAAUUAAAUGACAUUUAUUCAUCAGUAUUAUUUGAUGGUAAAUUACAACUACAUACUAUAACAACAAACAAAGAAUUAUCAAAUACCAGCAAAGAUACAAAAUUAUUUAAUGAACAAAAUACAAUGAACAAUAAUACCAACACUAAAAUAACAUGUCAUGUAUUGACAAAUAAUUUUUUAAUAUACGCAACAAAUAAUGGUAAAAUUAAAUAUUUUUAUAUUGAUACAUUUAAUUAUUCAAAUGAAUAUUUACAUAAAAUUGGUAUUAAAUAUAUAUAUCAAGAUAUAAAUGGUACAUAUAUUUGUUUUAUUGAUGAUAAUAAUGAUGUUUAUUUAUAUGAUCCAAUAAAUGACAUGACAAUAAUGAUUAAUGAUUGUCCAAAUGACAUACAAGGUAUAAUAUGGAAUCAAAAUAUUUAUGAUAAAACAUUAUUUUGUAUUUAUAAUAAACAAGCAAUAGUAACAUAUAAUUUUAUAAAAUAUCAUAUUGAUGGUGCUAAAAUAAUAAAUAUAUGUGAAACAAAAUUACCAACUGAUACAACACCAAUAUUAAUGUACAAUGGACAAUUGACACUUGGUAUACCUGGUGGUAAAUUAAUGGAAAUAACAUUAUCAUCACAUGAAGAUGUUGGUAAUAUUGUUGAUAAUCAACGUAUAUUAGAAAUAUUUGAUAAUCAAUUGAAAUGUAAAAAAUAUCAUGAAACAUGGAUAACAUGUGAAAUCCUAAAUGACAAUGAUUGUUGGAAUAAAUUUGGUAAAUAUUGUCUUGAAAAUUUGGACAUUGAUAUGGCUAUUAAAAUAUAUUGUCAUAUUAAAAAUAUAUCAAUGGUAUGGGCAUUAAAAAAAAUACAAUAUAUUGAAGAUAUUAAUUUAUUAUCUGGUCAUGUUUGUACAUUAUUAGAAAAUUAUAAUAAAGCUGAGGUAUUUUUUUUACAAUCAAAUGAACCAAUUGAAGCAUUAUACUUACGUAGAGAUUUAAUGCAAUGGGAACAAGCUUUAAUUAUUGCUGAAAAAUUAAAACCAGAUGAAAUACCAUUGAUAUCAAAAGAAUAUGCACAACAAUUGGAAUUUAUUGGUAAUUAUCCAAAGGCACUUGUUAAUUAUGAACGUGCAUUAACAAAUAAUAAUAAUGAAAAUGAAAAUUCAAAUCAUCGUGUACAGUGUUUAUGUGGUAUUGCAAGAACAUCAAUAAGAUGUGGUGACAGUAGAAGAGGUAUGAAUAUUGCAAUUGAUAAUGAUACACCAAGAUCAGUUAAAAAAGAAUGUGCUGAAAUAUUUGAACAAAUGAAACAAUUUAAUGAAGCUGGUAUAUUAUAUGAAAAAUCUGAAUAUUAUGAUAAAGCAGCAUCAGCAUAUAUUAAAUUAAAAAAUUGGCAAAAAGUUGGUAAAUUAAUUAAAAAUAUAACAUCACCAAUAAUAAAUAUACAAUAUGCUAAAGCUAAAGAAAUUGAUGGUAAUUAUGAGGAAGCUGAAUUAGCAUAUGAAACAGCAAAAGAUUAUGAUAAUAUUAUUAGAUUAAAUUUAAAUUAUCUUAAUAAUCCAUCAAAAAGUGUUGAAAUUGUACAAAAAACAAAUAGCAUUGAAGGAGCUAAAAUGGUUGCCAGCUAUUUUCAAAAAUUAAAUGAUUAUAAUUCGGCAAUUAAAUUUUUAAUAUUAUCAAAUUGUCAUGAUGAAGCAUUUAAACUUGCAAAUCAACAUGGUAAAAUGGAAUUAUAUGGUAAUAUAUUAAUUGAUACAUUAUUAAAUAAUAACAACAGCAAUAUUAACAACAAUAUUAGAUAUGAAGAUUUUAAAAGUCUUGCAAUAUAUUUUGAAACACAAAAAAAUAAUUUAUUAGCUGGUAAAUAUUAUUAUUAUUCAAAAAAUUAUCAAAAAGCAAUAAAGCAUUUAUUAAAAUCAGCAAAAUUAACAACAAAUGAUAAUGAUGAUAAUGAUGAAGCAAUAACAUUGGCAAUUGAUACUGUUGCAUCAUCAAAUGAUGAUAAAUUAACAAAUCAAGUUAUUGAUUAUUUAUUGGGUAAUGAUGGUGAUGAAUUACCAAAAGAUCCAAAAUAUUUAUUUAGACUUUACAUGGCACGUAAACAAUACAAUGAAGCAUCUAAAACAGCAAUUAUUAUUGCAAAUGAAGAACAAAUUAAUGGUAAUUAUCGUAAUGCACAUGAUGUAUUAUUUGGUAUGUAUCAAGAGUUAAAAAAAAAUCAUAUUAAAAUACCAACUGAAAUGAUUAAUAAUAUACGUUUAUUGCAUUCAUAUAUACUUGUACGUUUACAUGUUAAACGUAAUGAUCAUUUACGUGGUGCUAGAAUGCUUAUUAGAGUUGCUAAUAAUAUAUCUAAAUUUCCAUCACAUAUUGUACCAAUUUUAACAUCAACUGUUAUUGAAUGUCAUAGAGCUGGUUUAAAAUUUGCAGCAUUUAAUUUUGCUGCAAUGCUUAUGAGACCAGAAUAUCGUAUGCAAGUUGAUGCUAAAUAUAGUAAAAAAAUUGAAGCUAUUGUUAGAAAACCACCGAGAAAUAAAGAUCAUAAUAUUGAAGAUGAACCAUUGACAUCUUGUCCUUAUUGUCAAAAUAAUAUACCAGAAACUGAAAUAACAUGUGAUAAAUGCAAAAAUACUAUUCCAUUUUGUAUUGCAAGUGGUCGUCAUAUUGUUGCUGAUGAUUUUACUGUUUGUCCACACUGUGAUUUUCCAGCAAUUAAAAGUGAAUUUUUAAGAAUUAUUGAAACUGAAGAAAAUUGUCCAAUGUGUAAUCAACAACUUGAUGCAAAAAUUAUACCUCAAAAUAUCAACAUACGUCCGUAUCUUUAUUUUCAAGAUGACAAAAAAUAAAAAUGAAUCAUUAUUCAUCAAAGGAAA